AUGGAUCAAAGCUUCACCAUGGCAGAUGCUCCAACGACAACUGGUGAUGAAAAGACCAGGAUAGUUUGUGAGAGACUCGCAUUCUUCAGGCCAAAUCCCUCUAUAGAACUGGUACAGCAAACGAUAGCCCAAGUGAAGGCCGAGAUGCAAGAAGCCAGAGCUAAGCGACAGGCAAACCGAGAGCACGAGCUCAACCUGCUCAGAGCACA